AUGGAACCUGAUAUAAGGAGCUCAAAUCUUCGAAGUGAAGCAGUAAUGGAACCUGAUUCAAUACGAACAACAGACAAUAUACGAAGUGGAGAUUUUCUUUAUCUGCAAAACUCUGAUCAUCCAGGUAUGAUCCUUGUCUCAACUCCACUAAUGGAUAAGAACUACUUGUCUUGGAGUCGUUUGAUGAAACUCGCAUUAGGAGCCAAAGUGAAGUUAGGGUUUAUUAAUGGACAAUGUAAAAUGCCUGAUGAAAGUUCUCCAGAAUUUGAUCAAGGGAGGAGGGUAGAUUGCAUGGUUACUUCUUGGAUUUUGAAUUCAAUUUCGAGAGAGAUAGUUGAAGCUUUCCUGUAUACAACUUCGGCAAAAGAUUUGUGGAAGCAAUUGGAAGAAAGUUGUGGAGCAGCUAAAUCGGUUGCAGAAAUAACUUCUUUUAAUCGUUUGAUGCAAUUUCAGAUGGGAUUGAAUGAUAGCUUUGAUCAUGUUCGAAAUCAGAUUCUGGUUAUGGAUCCCUUACACACUAUUAACAAGGCAUACUCAAUGAUCUUGGGAGUUGAAAAACAGAGAGAGGUACAUGUAGCAUUUGUAGAUAAUCUUGAAAAUAGUCCUAUGUUUGCAAAAGCACAGGUUGUUAAGAAAGAAGCUAAUGGCAAGACAGGAUACAAGAGGAAGGAUACGAUUAAGAAGUUAGAGAGACAUUGUGAUUUCUGCAAUAACAAUGGUCAUACGAAGGAGACAUGUUUUAAGCUUCAUGGUUAUCCAGAUUGGUACAAAGAUUUGAAGGAACAAAAGGGAAAGACUCAACACAAGACUUAUGCAAAUAUGACUGAUACACCUCUGGAAGCUGAAAAAGAACUUGGCAAUACUGGAACUGAGUGGGGAACAACAAUAUCAGAAUUAAUCUAG